GUUGCAUUAAUAACAUAGCAUGUUAAAACUAUUAAUAAAACACCAGUGUCAGACUCUUUGGGAGACCUGCUCUGAAGUCCAUGUGCAAAGCCUGGAGGCAUUGUGCCUGCCUGAUUUCCUGCAGAUUAAGGAAUUAAACUUCUGCAUCAAAUUUCUAAUUUAACAUUAGUCCAGUUUAUUUUUCUAGGGUGCAGUCUCAUCCAUUUUAGAUGACUCAAGCAAAGGCGCUUGCUUUGUACUUUCUCAAACACUGCUAGCUUGGCUAACUCAAUAUUUGUAUUCAGCUGAAACUGGAAGAAGAGAAGGAUUUGUUUCAAACAAUUGAGUUGAUAUCUACAAUGCUCUUAGCUGGAAAUAACUGUCCUUAAACUACUUCCCAAAAGUGGAGUUUGAUCUGCUUUUCAGUUGCUAGUUUCCUGUGUUUUAUAUCUUGCAUUUCCUGUAAAUUCUUAGUGAUUUCCCCUUAAGAGCUGAUGCCUUAGUAGUAGUAUGCUGAUAGGCUGCUUUUCUAGGAGAGGCGGAGACAUGGCUAGAGAAUGGCUUUGCUUGUCACUAGAAGAUUCUAGUACAUUUGUUUGCUUGUGUGUUAGGUUAUGAAACUUGCCUCAGUAACAGUGUUUCAUUGAAGUAGGACGAAUUUAACUUGCUGUCUCCAAACACUUCAGAUUAAAUUAUUUUUGCCUACAGUGAUUGUAAAUCAGACUCUCUGUAGAUAGAGAUAGGACGUUUAUAGGCCAGCUAGGUUUGCUGCCAUAUUAAGGGGUACAGUUGGGUCAAUUAUAAAAAAUAAAUUGCUCUGAAUAAGUUACUACUUUAGGAGACUCAGUAAUUGAGGGAGAUGAGAACUCUUAAACAUGGCUCUAAUUUCUGACUAGGGAGGUUUGAAUCUUGACACCAUUUUAAGAUGACAGUGAACCUCUUUUUGGUGAUGCAUCUCAAACUUAGUCAUAAAUAAAAAUCUCUUUUCAGAGAUCUUAGGGUGGGGGAGAGUCUUGCAGUUAACAAAGCCAUGGGGGAUUGGACUCUUGAUAAGAACCUAGUAAACUCAAGCUUUAUGACUAACUACUGGAUUAUAUUUACUCUGUUUUUCAGGACUAAAGGGAGGUGGUCCCAGCAGUGGUGGAUGUGCCAAUGGUGGUAACUCGUUCAGCUACACCUUUCAUGGAGAUCCUCAUGCUAUGUUUGCAGAGUUUUUUGGUGGGAGGAACCCAUUUGAUACCUUUUUUGUACAAAGGAAUGGAGAUGAAGACAUGGAUGUUGAUGACCCUUUCUCCACUUUUCAGAUGGGGGGCUUUAGUAACAUGGGCUUCCCUCGCUCCCGCUCAGGCCAUGAAAGUAUACGCAAAAAACAAGACCCUCCUGUCAUUCAUGAUCUGAGGGUUUCCUUGGAGGAGAUAUACACUGGCUGCACCAAGAAAAUGAAAAUCUCUCACAAACGACUCAAUACAGAUGGCAAGACCACACGGAAUGAGGACAAGAUUCUGACCAUUGAAGUCAAACGAGGGUGGAAAGAAGGAACAAAGAUUACUUUUCCCAAAGAGGGAGACCAAACAGCAAACAACAUUCCAGCUGACAUUGUCUUUGUUUUAAAGGACAAGCCACACAAUGUCUUUAAGAGAGAUGGGUCUGAUAUUAUUUUCCCAGCUAAGAUCAGCCUCCGUGAGGCCCUGUGUGGUUGCACAGUGAAUGUGCCGACGCUGGAUGGCAGAACCAUUCCAAUGGUAUUUAAAGAUGUCAUUAAACCUGGGAUAAAGCGGCGAAUCCCUGGAGAGGGCCUCCCAUAUCCCAAGAAUCCAGACCAGCGAGGGGACCUUAUUAUAGAAUUUGAAGUAAAGUUUCCAGACAGAAUUCCACAGGCUUCCAAAAGUGUCCUAGAGCAGAUCCUACCAAUAUAGCAAGGCUGCUCACGGAGAACUGAAAUAAGGACACUUUUCCAGAGCAAAAGGUUUUUGGACCAUAACCAGGACUUCAGGGUUUCUCAUUAGUGGAGGUUGUUGACUUUCACACUAAGUAUUUUUCCCCCCAAGAGUAUCAUCUUCAAAAUUGUGCAUUCACUUUUCAGUGACUCUAGUCCCAGAUCAUCACUAGAAGUAUUUACAUCAGUGAGCAGCUGCUUGUGGGAGGAAUCUACAGAACAUCUCGUGGUCAAAGCUUUCUUCUGGUGACCAGUUUCCACCCUAGUGCUCAAUGUGCUGCCUUCCUUUAACUGGUUACCCAUAGACUGGGCAUCUGUUUCAUUUCAUCUCGUGCAGACCUGUAGUUCCUCCAUUGGAAAGGGUGAAACAAAAAUCUAAAACUGGACUUGCAAGUAAAACAAUCUCCAACAUCUUUCCUUUGCUGUUGUACUGUGUUGUGUCCCUUGUCACUUCCUACACUGAAGGACUUUCCUACUGGGACACUCUUAAAUGUUCUUAACUAUUUUUAGUUCCUGUAAGUUGUCAAUGUCUUGCUAAGGGUUUCUUAAGUUUUUCCUUCUGUCAGUCGUAUUAGAAGGAAGGCACCCUUUGUUUGACCUUAAUCUGUGACUCUCUGGAAACAUCAGAAGUCCUAAUGUCUUUCAGAAUGUGAGCCUGAAUGAGUAAGCCCUUAGCCAAUGUAUAAUGAGUUUAAACCUAACUACCAAUGUUAACAAGGUCUGGUCUAGAAAAAAUAUGCAAAGGAAAAUGGAUCUUAAGUAUAAUACUCUGAAUCAUUCCCUCUAUGAAAGUCUUCCCCCUCGCACAGACAUUUUAAGGUCUCUUAGCCUGGUUCCUGGUCAUGGGCUGAACAAAUAGGAGGCAGCCAUUUCUCAUUCCAGGUAUACUGUACCUAAACAGGAUGUUGAGUCUCUUAUUCAUCAUCCUGCAUGCAGGGUCAGUGUCAAGACUUAUGUUAAAGACUUAUUCAGUACACUAAUGGACUCUGGACUUUUUUCAAAGGACUCUGAUCCUCUGAAUUGGUAGCACCAACAGAGAGAUCCUUUUUGAUAAAAAGGGUUUUUGUUCCUGAUACAGGAGCACUGUGGCACUUCCUGUAUAUAUUAUAUAUUUUUUGUAUACAUUUGUGUAAAGUUGAUGUGUGUAAUGCAGUAGAGCAUCUCCUAUUUUAUAGGAUUGAGUACAUUGAUAAAGAUUCAUGAGGGGGUUGUGAGAACAUGCUCUCUUAAUCCAAUGGGGGAGCAUGAACCUGGAAUGCACUGGAAACUUAACUUGGAAUGUUACUGCCAUGAUGACAGACUGUCAAAGAGCUGUGUCACAAUUAAAGUCUCUGUAACUGAAGGAAAAGAUCUAGGUGUGUCUGGGGGCAGGAUUGGGUAUUUGGAAUGAGGGACUUAUGAAAACAUGUCAUUAAACUUCAGUGAAUUGGGAAAA